AUUACAGCAAUAUAUAGAAAAAUAUUGACAGCAAUAUAUUUGUGAAUAAUGAUAUCAAUUGAAAAUUAUUGAAUUCAUUAUAUUGGAAAAUAUUUCGAAUUAUUGCAAAUUGUCUCUUUAAAUGUCUCUUUAAUUGUCCAUUUAAAUUUUGUUGUAAUUCAAAAUGUCUGAGGAACAGAGAAAAGCGGUUGCUGCGAUUAUUAUUGCUACAACUUUACUUCCGACAAACUUUUCCAAACCUAAGGUUACGCGUAGAAUUUGGGUGAAGGAGUGGAUGAAAAAACGAAAAUCGAUCGGUGUUUACGAUAACUUAGUGCAAGAACUACGUUUGUAUGACGAAGAGAGUUUCCGCAAAUACCUGCGAAUGAGCCCAGACAUAUAUGAGCUUUUACUUGAGAAAGUCAGAAGUAAAUUAACGAAGAAGACAACGCAUUUACGGAAACCUUUGGAGCCGGAGUUGAAGCUGACAAUAACUUUGCGCUUUCUCGCUACUGGGGAGAAUUUUACUAGCUUACAUCAUCACUAUUCUGUUGGUAUUUCAACCAUUGCCCCAUUUAUUCCUCAGGUUUGUCAAGCAUUAUAUGAUACACUAAAAGAUGAUUUCCUCAAGUUCCCCGAAAACAAAGACGACUGGCUUGAAAUUGCAUCUGAAUUCGAAACGAUGUGGCAAUUUCCAAAUUGCAUUGGGGCAAUGGAUGGAAAACAUAUUGCUCUGUACCAUCCUAAGCUUAGCGGUUCAACAUACUACAACUACAAAGCCUCGUUUUGUCUCAUGUUGGAAUAUGUGCGCUCGCUACAAUUUAGCUCGGCUGCAAUCGCUACAAGUGCCAGUUGUUUUUUGUUUUUGCCCAUAUAUCCUGGGCAACUAACUUUGUAUAGAACUUCGUGUUGUGACCACAAAUUUAUCAAAUGUUCAGUUUCACCACUACUCCAAACUUUCUCAUGUUUCAAGCCUUUUCUUCCUCGCUUCUGAGGUUUUGCAGAAGUUUCAUCUUCUGGAUUUUGAAAUACGGGGCUGAGUGAAGGUUGAAGUUGUUGUGGCACGCUCUGACCGAAUAUUUGUGUGUUUUGGCUCAAGAUUGACGAGGUUGGUUUUGGUGAGCUCUGAGUGAAGACAUGUGCGGCAUGUUGCUGUUGCGUCGUAGCUUGAGGAAAUAGUAUUUGAUCAUUCGUAGCAAAAUCGUGUGGCUGACUUUCAAAAUAUAAAAUGUUAUUUUGCUCCAUCUUUUAUCUUUGAUCGUAUGUUUCAUUUACUGUUUAUUUCAGACAGACAAAUUUCGAAUACUUUGCUGAUUCGAUUUUUCUAUUGUUCGGAGAAAAAUUGAGUCUUCUCACAACAAAAGAAUUUCCCUUGCAAUAUUUUUUAAUUCAAACCGUGUUUGAAUUAAAAAGUCUUGACAAGUAUUGAAAGCGAUUGCGUAAUGUUUUUUCGAACGAUUCUCAAAAGUUGGUUUCACAUUAUGUCCAAUUAAUUGAGGCAAUAUUUUUCAAUAGUUAUCAAUAAUUUCCAAUAUAUUGGAUUCAAUAUAUUUCUGUAAUGUGAAACGGCCUUAACACAAGUACCUAUCCCUCACCAAUACCUUUGAUGAGAACAAAUAAAAAACUUAAAUGCCGUAAAGUGAAGUCAGUAUUAAGAUUUCAUGUGC